AUGACGAUAUAUCACAACGUAUACCCCUACGAUGCUUCUAUUGCAGCUGCGGUACUCUUCACAAUCUUGUUCUUUGUUUCCAGCAUCGUACAUCUGUACCAACUCCUGCGGACACGGACUUGGUAUCUGCUACCUUUCCUCAUCGGUGGCAUCUUCGAAGGAAUAGGCUAUACCUUCCGCACCGUCUCCAUAAAGCAAAGCCCAGACUACACACUCCCACCUUAUGCUAUCCAACUCAUCCUUCCUCUCAUCGCACCCGCUCUCUUGUCGGCAACGAUGUACAUGUCUCUCGGUCGCAUCAUCCUGGUCACCCAAGCCGAAGCCGUCGCCCCUAUCCGCCGCACCUGGCUCACCAAACUCUUCGUCACAGGCGACGUCCUCAGUUUUCUCGCUCAAGCCUUGGGUGGCGCCAUCCUCGCUCAGCAAAAAGCAUCCUCCUACAACACCGGCCGUUGGAUUAUCAUCGUUGGUCUUGUUAUCCAAGUCUUUUUCUUCGGCUUGUUCCUGAUCACCAGUGUGAUAUUCCAUGUCAGGUUGAACAAGAUGCCCACACUGGCAUCGCAAAAGUUUGCUUGGAAGAGACAUUUGAGCGCGCUAUACACAGGCAGCGCGCUUAUCCUUGUUCGAUCGAUUUACAGAUUUAUCGAGUAUUUGGAAGAUGCGGGUGGCUAUUUGAUCACGCAUGAAGCUUUUGCUUAUGUGUUUGACGCAUUGUUGAUGUUUGCAGUCAUGAUCGUGUUCUUCUGGGUACACCCUAGUGAGAUUCAAGCACUGAUCAGAGGCAAGGGAAAGGCCAUCAAGCAUGGAUUCAAAGUUGUUCAUCUGAACGUGACGGAUGACGAAGUUGUCUUUUUGAGCGACAUGGCGCAGGCCAAGUAG